AUGGCCAUCGCGCCCAUGUCGCGGUCGCUGAGGGGGCCCGCGGGUCCGGGGGAGAGGGGCGUGGGGCGACUGAGGUGCUGGCCGGGGGGCGUGGCCACAGCGAGGUCCAUCGGAGACGUGCCGGCCGGAGAGCACGUGAUGGCCUGCCCGCACGUUUUCCAGAUCAUGCUGCCCGAGGCUGGCGCUCGGCUGGUGAUGGGCUCCACCGGGCUGUGGGAACUGAUGAAGUGGGAGGACGCCGCCCAGGCCGCCGGACCCGGCCCAAUCAAGGACGCCGCGCCAAAACUCGUGGAAGCCGCUGCGCAGCAGAAGCACCGCUCAAGCGGCAGUGACGUGAGCGCCCUGGUGGUUGACGUCAUUCUUGAGGAAGGCGAAAUUCCAAGGGCGGCGGAUGGGAGGCGGGGCGGUGAGCGCGGGCAGGGCGCCGGGUGUAAAGGGCCAGGGGAGGGGUCGGCGAGGCGGCUGUGCGGUCUGCUGCCCGGCAUCUGCGGGGGGAUGAGGAAGGAGAGGCUGGGGCCAGGACCGGACGUGUGGCGGUGCCGCCCUGAUGAGAGUCAGGUCGUGGCGAACAUCGACGGCUGGAUGAUGCUCAAGACGGCGCUCGAGGCCAAGCUCGACGACAGCUGCUCGAGCGCCAUGGAGCUGACGUGCCUGCUCCUGGCGGACCCCGGCCUGGACGGCGGCAGCGGCAACCACGACGUCCAGCACGUGUCGCAGCCGCCGGCCCUCGAACCACAACUCCCACGCCGGCCACCGUCGAGCUCUCGAUCUUCGGCGUGCUCUCCGCGUACUACCUCUACCGGAAGCCUCCCCUCCGAAGACCAGGAGGCGCCCCACGGGAGGCCUUGCCCCUCGGAAAGGUCGCGGGGGGGGCAUUUUGUGAUGUCCAACCCGCUCUGCGACGUGGACGGGGUUUGGACGCCGCCGAGAGAGACCGACGCGCACGUCGGGGUACGGAACUGGGCGCGGGGAGAGCCCUUCAAGCCGGCCGGUGGACCGGACGCCGCGGGCGCCGCCGGGAGGCCGUCCCUCGGUUUCCUGGACAGCGCGUCCAGCGACCAGCGGGCCGCAGAGCGGCGUGAAGCCGAACUUUCGCAAGGGGGGCUUGGAUGUCCUCCCUCCGAUGGGGUUCGCCCAAGCCCUGACAAGGACGGGGGGGAGCAAUGUACGGGCGCCGGCCGCCGUCCCGAGGACGAAUGGGGGCGGAAAGCGCCCUUUGUGACUGCGCCGUCGCAGUGGAAGUCGAACGCACUCUGUUCGAGGGAGGACGACGUUGACGUGAUGGAAGUGUUCAGGGGAGAGGAGACGUGGGAAUUCGACAACCCGGACCACCACAGCGGGAGCACGACCCCGACUUUCGUCGGGAGCGUGUCCAUGGACGUUUUGUCCAAUUUGAUCGGCUCCGCUGGGCCCUUCACGUGGGAGGCGGAGUGA